AUGAAUCUGUACACAGCAGGUGAAGGCCUUUUCGAUACCCAUGUCACUUGGGAUGAUAUCGAAGCUGAUAUGCAAAACGAGCUCCGCACCGUCGCCUCGUUCGGUCCCAACAAGUCAGUCAAUGAUAUCGAUGUCUCCUUUCAGGGUUUUAUGUCAAAAAUUCUACUCAUUGAGCCCGACUGGCAAAAUAAGGACAAGGAGCUACCGAAGAAAUUUUUAGCAAAAGUCAGUACGCUUUCCAGCGAAGUUUUGCCCAAUUUUGACUCAGCAAUCCGUGGUCAUAAGUUCGAACAUAUUCGUCACAUUUGCCAUCGCGUUUUUACUGAAAUCGAAAAAUUCAGCCCUCAAAGAGACUUCAUUUACAGAUUCUCACCCAGCUCGCCAUACAGAAAUUAUCGACAAAAGUUGCUGAGCAAUCGAAAAUCGAUAAUCACUUCGCUGAUCCCGAGUUCAUGGUCAAAUUCGAAGAAAUUGAGAAGCGUGUGA